AUUAUUUUUUUUAUUUUAGGUUUAUUAUUAAUUUAUUUUGAUAAAUUAUAUUUUGUUGAGUAUAUAUUUUUUUUUUUUAAUUCUUGUAUGGUUUUAUAUGUUUUAUUAAUUGAUUGAAUAUCUUUAAUGUUUAUUUCUUUUGUUUUUUUGAUUUCUUCUAUGAUUUUAUUAUAUAGAAUAGAAUAUAUAAAUUAUGAUUUUAAUAGGAGUCGAUUUUUAAUGUUAAUAAAUUUUUUUAUUAUAUUUAUAUUUUUUUUAAUUAUUAGCCCUAAUUUAAUUAGAAUUUUAUUAGGUUGAGAUGGUUUAGGUAUAGUUUCUUUUUGUUUAGUUGUUUUUUAUCAAAAUAAAAAGUCUUAUAGAUCUGGUUUAGUUACAGUUAUUUUAAAUCGUUUAGGUGAUUUAUUUAUUAUUUUAUCUAUAAUUUGAAUAUUAAAUUUUGGUUCUUGAAAUUUUAUUUUAAUUGAUUAUUAUAUUAAUUAUAAUUAUUUAUUUUUUAUUAUUUUAUUAAUUAUAAUAGCUUCUUUAACUAAAAGAGCUCAAAUUCCUUUUUCUUCUUGAUUACCUUUAGCUAUAGCAGCUCCUACUCCUGUGUCUUCAUUAGUUCAUUCUUCUACUUUAGUUACUGCUGGUAUUUAUUUAAUAAUUCGUUUAAUGAAAAUUUUUUUAAAAUUUUCUUUUUUAAAUUAUUUAUUGGUAAUUUCUUGUUUAACAAUAUUUAUAGCUGGUUUAAAUGCUAUUUUUGAAUUUGAUUUAAAAAAAAUUAUUGCUUUUUCUACUUUAAGACAAAUAAGUUUUAUGUUUAUAAUUUUAUGUUUGGGUAAGAUUGAUAUAUGUUUUUUUUAUUUAUUAAUACAUGCUUUAUUUAAAUCAAUAAUAUUUUUAAGAGCUGGAAUUUUAAUUUUAAAUAUAAAUAAUAAUCAAGAUAUUCGUAAGAUGGGGGGUUUAAUUGAUUGUUUACCUUUUUGUGGGUUGAUUUUUAUAUUUACUUUAAUAUCUUUAUGUGGUUUUCCUUUUUUUUGUAGUUUUUAUUCAAAAGAUUUGAUUUUUGAGUAUUUUUUAAUGAUAGAUUUAAAUUUUUUUUUUUUUUUUUUUUUUUUAUUUUCUUUUUUUUUAACUUUUUUUUAUUCUAUUCGUGUAAUUUAUUAUUUAAUAAUAAUAAAUUACUCUAUAUAUAAUUAUUUAAUGAUUAUUAAAUUUGAGAGAAAAUUUUUGAUUAUUAGAAUGUUAUUAAUUAGAUUAAUUAUGAUUUUUUUUGGUUCUUUUUUUAUAUGAUUAAUAUUUUAUAAGUUUGAUUUAAUUUUAUUAGAAUUUAAGUUUAAAAUUUUAAGAGUUUUAAUUUUAUUUUUUAGAAUUUGAUUUUUUUUUGAAUUUAAUAAUUUUUUAUUUUCUAUAAAAUAUUUAAUUUCUAUAUUUAAUAUUUUUUUUUUUAGAAUAAUAUGAAAUCUAUUAUUUUUAAGGAUUAAUUUUUUUUUGAAUAAUUUUCUUUUUAUUGGAUUUUUUUCUUUAAAAUUAUUUGAAACUGGUUGAAUUGAAUAUAAUUUAAAUAGUGGUUUAAUUUUUUUUUUUAAAAAAAUAAUUUUUUUUAUUCAAAAUAUUUUUUUAAAUAGAUAUAAAGUUUAUAUUUUAUUAUUUUUUAUAUGAUUUUUAAUUAUUUUUUUUUUUAAUUAUUAA